GGGGAUGUCACCUGGUAUGCUAAGAGCUCGGCGGCGCGAUGUCUGCAUCAAGCCGAACCGCGUCCUCGACAAGAGUUCCUCCCGAGGGAUGAUAUAUGAGAACGAAGAACUGAGGCUGAGGACGAUCAACAUUAACGCAGAGAUAGAAAGGGGCCAGAGCGAGCUCAAGAAGCUGCGUCGCGAGAACGAGCACCUCAAGCGGGAGAUCUGGUCCCUCAGGGAGGAGCUGGACCGCCUGGAAGCCCUCCUCAGGCAGAAGGAGCAAGAGGAGGAGGAAGAAGCCGAGACAGACGUAGAGGACGAAGAGGAGGAUGAAGAAGGCGAAGAGGAAAGGCCACCGAUUCUGCUGAGGGUGCCCAGGGUGGCCAUGGAACCGGAUGGCCUCAGUGUGGUACCUGAAGAAUCUGAGGAUGGUGGAUCCACACCGGAACCUCAAGUAUACACUUGCAUCAACCCCGAGAGAGGCGUGGAGGAGUACAACGGGGCUCUGCCCCCCUGCAUCAGGCUCAACUGCGUGCACCCCUUCACCGCGGCGGCCACCCUGCCCCAGGGCCUGCUCAACGUCACGGUAAUGGAAGUUAUCGAGGCUUGCGAAAAGAUGUCGACUGGAGUGGUUGGUGUCCGGCUGCUGGAAGGGAGCGUCUACAUCAGCGCCAAGGGGAAGCUGGAACUGGAGCAACUGCUAGCCCAGGGGAUCAGUAUCAGGGGAGAACAACUGGGGCUUCAGGAUGUGUCCCAGGGCACCGUGGUGUUGGCCCUCUCUGCUAUACCCCACAAUGCCAAGGACCAGGACAUCCUGCGUCUCCUCUCCCAGUUCGGGCCAGUCAUAGGCGGUCUGGAGAGGAGGAUGUACAAGGGCGCCGACACAGGGGAAGGCCUGGCCAGGAUACGGCUCUUAGCAUCCUUGCCGAAGAGGUUGUUCCUCGAAGGGGCAGAGAUCUCGGUACGGGCGGUCUGCCACGAGGAACUCACCAAGCUGUCUAUGCACCCUCAUACAGUCUCCAAGCAACCUUCUAAUCUCUUUGUCAAAAUAGAUAGAAAGGACUCUGAUCUCGAGGUUAAGUUUUCAGAAAGCGUUAAAACAGGAACUACAAGUACAAAAAACGAACCUUUUACAUUCCCUGCACCAUCUACCUCCACUUCAGCUCCAUCAACCCCUAAAAUGGAGGAGCGAAGCCAGAGUACACCAGUGAUAGCUAACAAUUGCCAUGGUUCGGCCCAGAGCCUUCGACCUCACUCGGACACUGAGGCCAAGAGACCAAGAAGACUGAACUCGAGGAGAGCCAAGUCGCCAUCUUCAAGUUCCGAGCAGGAUUCCCCAACGAAACCUCAGCGUAGGAGGCCUUCGACGGUAGUUCCGGACAGGGAGAGGAGUAACAGCCUCAGCAGUAGGGCUUCCUACAGGAGGAAGAUGUCCAUGACCGGAAGGGAGACGGGGAAGUUGCCCUGGUGUGCCUGUUGGGGCAACGGCUGUAUAUAGACACAUACACUUAAAAAUAAAAAUAUUGAUUUAUACAGUUUCGACUGUUAAAUAAUAAAUGUAUUAUAUUUUCUAAGGAACGUGAGAUUCAGUCAGUAAAUAAAACAAAUAAUUUGGCGACGUUUUGAUACUUUUUUUUUUUCAUAUUAAUGCUCGACAGUGAUACACUGUAUGGUGCGCUAUUUUCCUAAACGUUGUUCAGUGUCAAGGGCGCCUAGACGAUGGUGGCAUGGUGUAAAUUGAGCCAUCAAAAUUUAUAAGAGGGGUACAUUUUUAUGGGGUUGUGAAUUUCUGAUUGGACUGGUUUUAAGAACUAUAACGAAAUAAAAUUUCUUGAAGCGGGUUGUGUGCCAUCGUUUUUGGGAGGAUGGGCACUCAUUUUCAGUGUACUGUCAAUGGUACUAAAUAAGUGGAGAGAAUAAGUCCGAAAAGUGGGUGUAGUGGCACUUUUUGCCAAUUGUUGACGCCUACCUUGAGGUUGCAUCUACGUACUAACCAUAAUAUAAUUGUCAAGAUUCAUUGCCAGGGGUCACAGAUAAAUAGUUAUUAAUCGACCUAGGUUGGAAUCCAACUUACAUCGUUUAGAACUGGCCAUUCUGGGGCUCAAACCCCAACGUGCUCGGCCAAAAGAUACUUCACCUCUAGCAAUUAAACUCUAGGGUAUGAAUAUGGAAAAUAUAAAGCCUUGAAACCGACAAAACAGUUGUAAUAUAUAUAUAACCAAGAUAAAUUAUAUUUAUUUUUGUAAAUUCAGAAUUAAAGUCUUAUUAGAAAAGUGCAUUUGGGAGAAGGAAAGAUAUUUUGAAUGUAAAGAAUUAAACAAUUAAUCAAAUUGGUAAUAGUUUGCCAAGAAUUGAGCUAAAUUUCAAAUAUAUUUUAAUAUUUUUCAUUAUACAUUGUAAUAUUGCUGAUUAC